AUGCUGCUUUAUUUGUUGGUACCUGUAGCUCUGGCUGCAGUUGUAUUCUUCUUUUUGGGAACUAGUAAUAAGAGAACCUAUGAAAACAAGGUCGACUUACUCAACAAGCCUGUAGACUCGAAAAAGAAGAAGACGGAAAAGAAGAAGCAGCCCAAGUUAAUUGUCAAUGAGGAUGAAAUUGAGCAAGCAUCCAAUGCUAAACUCACUGAAAUUGACGUUGCUGAAAUGUACGGAUUGAACAAGAAGAAGAAGCCUGCCGUGGUAGCCCAAGAAAAGAGCAAGCCUUCCAAGAAGCAACAAGCAAAAGAGGAACAACAACAAGAACAACAACAACCAACAGAAGAUGAAGAUGCUAGCAAGAAUGAAGGAUUCCUUUUAGUGAAAAAGCCAGAAUUGACCGGACGUAAGAAGGAAGAAAAGAAGGUCGACAAGAAGGACAAGAAGAAGGAUGAAAAGAAGAAGAACAAAUCCAUCUUUAAAAAGCUUGUGAAUGACGAUUCUGCCAAGCCACCAGGUGUCGGUGAGAAGAAGGAAGAAGCAGCUGCUGCUUCCGAAGAAGAAGGUAGUAAAAAGAAAAAGUCAUCUGAAAAGUCCUCCGAUGAAAAGUCGAUGACUGAAAAGAAGACUGAAAAGACCACCAAAAAGGCCCCACAAACCGAGGAGAAGAAUGGAAAGAAGGAAAAGGCUUCUAAAAGCAGUGCAUCUCAAACUGGCGAGGUAGAGUCUGACGCUUCACCAAAAGAAGAAAAGAAGGCUGCUUCCGAAGAAAAGAAACCUGAAAAGAAGCCAAUCACUGUUGUGAAGGAUCCAUACGCUACACAAGACGAUUUCUGGGAUGAAAACAUUAGAGAGGUCGAACCACCAAAGCCAAAGACCAAGACUCCAAAAGAUCAAAACACUGUUGAGAAAACUAAGGAACCAAAAGAACCAAAAGAAAAGAAGGAACCAAAAGAACCUAGAGAAAAGAAGGAACCAAAGGAGCCAAAACAACCAAAGGAAAAGAAGGAAUCAACGGAACCAAAGAAGACUGAAAAGUCAAAGGAACUCACUACUUCAAGCAAGAAGAAGGACAAGAUUACUUCUGUUAAAAUCCAUGUCAAUGCUGACGCUUCAAGCUCAACUGCAACAUGGAACUCAUCUUCUCCUUCUACCACAGGAGCAGAGUCGUCUUCAGACGAUUCCAACUUCCCCAAGGUUGGUGCAAAGAAGGUGAAACCACCAAAACCAGCAGCAUCCUCUUCAUCUUCUGAGACAGCUCAAGAUCACGAGAACCCACUCAAGAGAGAGAGCGAAACUAAAUUUGAAAUUGAGUAUGCUUCCCCUGAAGAAAAGAGAGUUAAAAUGACUGAAAGUGAAGAGCAAUAA